AACCAUUCACAUGUUUUUUUCGAGUAAUCCAUGGGGUCACCCUGCGCGAUUUCCCCAAAACGAUACCAAGUCAGCUGUCGAGUCAGUUGACCGGCAUCAGUUAACUUAGCGUCAUCAACGUGAAAAGACGUACCUUCGAAAACUCAAGAGCUCACAGAUCUGGCGGUUUGCGAUAUCCUCGCGGAUGACCAUCAACCAUGUCGGAGGGAGAAAUAACGGAUUCUGACACCAUGAGUGACAUAUCAGCUACAUCAGACAUUUUUGUGAAAAACGAAGCUACUGACUUGGACGAGGAACCAACUCCAUCCAUUUCUCCAGCCCCUGUUCGUGUCAAAUCUGAGUUGACUGAUGAUCACGAGCCCACAAGGGCCAUUUCUAGUGCUCGAAAGUCGUCAGCUAUUGAAGUGGAGCUAGAAUUGCUCCGACCCAUGUGGAGUGCGGCCAUGCGGCUGGAGAAUCACGAGGCCAGUGAAGAUCAGCUGCAGACUUUGAUUGCAGAGAAACUAGUAGAAGUUGGCAAGCUGAUUCCUUUGCGGGCCAAAUCCGAGAAGAAGUUCAAAGAUGAUUGUCUCAUGAUGUGCCAGAUCCACGAGAACCUUACGCAAAUUUUAAAAACCCUUCAAGUCAAGGACCAAAAUGAUCCCUCGGUCCGAAUAGAGGACUAUCAAGCCCAACUGUUGAUUAAGGACUGGGAAACCGUCCGCUUGCCCAUCUUUGAAACCGACUAUCAAGAAGCAUCACGGUUCUGGUUCAAGCCUCAUGCCGAUCCCCUUCUGCACGACUUUUCUUCCAUCAUGAACAAGUUUGCCCAUCUCAUGGCUCAAUUUGAAUACGAGCGCUCAAUCCGGCCCGCCAUCCGUGAUCAAUCCGCCCAAGAUAAGGUCGGUGGUCAAGGGUCAAAGAAAGAUGUUCAAACUCGACUGGAAACUGUGCUUGUCACGCCCAAAUUAAUCAAGCCCUUUCUCGGUGACGUCACGGACCCUGAAGUGUUGACCAAAUUCACCAAGUGGAAGCGUUCCUGGCUGAACUUGGCCCAAGAGAUCGAGUCUUUGCCUGGAUCGAAUUCGACCAUCCUUCUCAAAAAGCUAAAAGCCUGUCUAUCUGGUCCCGCCUUGGAAAUGAUCCAGAAAUACCCUUCGGAUGCCAAGACAUCGUACCAACUCGCCCUCCAGGAUCUGUUUGACAAGUACGAGGACCCGAGCCGGAUUGCCACCUUGUGCGUCCAGAAGGGAACUGAUCCCAGUCCGUCUGAUACCGAACAUGUGGAGGCAAUCAGGCAAUCGAUGAGUGUCUUGCAUAACAUUAGAAAUGUCUUGGAGAGUGAGAAGGUGGAUAUGUUUAACUUUUCCGUGAUCACCUCCUUCAUCAAUGCCAUGUCGCCGGAAAUGCAAGCCGAAUGGAACAAGUACAAGAAAGAGAAACAGCAGGCCUACGAACGCAUCCGUGAGACUGCCCAUGAAAUGGACAAGGCCUUGCCCAAGUGGAUCGCUGGCAUGGUCGAGAACUACGACCAUUUCAACGCCUGGUUGUCGAUUCAACGUGAAGAAGAGAAGAAAAAGAAGAGACAAGGGGAUCAUUUGCCCUCAAGUUCAGAAUCCAAAUUGUAUUGCUUUGUCUGUGGACCGCGCUCCUUUGACCACCAGUUGGCUCGGUGUCCCGUCGCUUUGCAGAUGUCAUUCAAUCAAUGGCAAGACGUUUGUCUACAAAAUUCAAUGUGUUUCAAAUGCACCCGAUUCUUGGAGCACGGCCAUAAGUGCUCCACCAAAUGUCGACUAUGCUAUGGAAAACGGCGAGAGGUGGAACACCAUAUCCUGAUGUGCCCCUACAGCAAAUAUCGGACAGGCCCUCUGGACGAGGAGUCCCCCUCUGCCUCGCGUUCAACUUCCAAGCGGAAUCAUCAAGGCCCAAUGAGACCGUCCAAUUUUUCCCCCCUCAAAUCCGUCAAAUCUAGCCAUUAUGGAGCCAAAUAUUCCUAUUCGGGUCAUGAAAGGGACGCUUUGAAGAGGUCCACCCGUGAUGAUUACUCUACGCGCUUCAAUAGAGAUCGCAGUUCCCGAUCCGGUCGAGAUCGAAGUCCCGUUUGGGGAUCGGGUUCUUCUCGAUGAGGAUUGUCCAAGGUCGUUGUCAUGGCACUCCCGGUUCCCCGAACAACUUGUCCUUAUUUUGUGCCUUAGAUACGCCUAGGAUAUCCUACUUUCGCGCAAUAAAUGAGAACAAAAUA